CCCUGAUCGCUCAGAGGCCUGCAGAACCUAUUUUGCUGGCUUUGCUACCAGCCUUGUGGUCUGUUGGUCCCGCUGCAGCCGAUCGCAGACACGGCUCGUCCCCGCGAACUAGGGCCACCAUGGGGGCAGAGAAGAAGCUGCUACCGAUUAAGGAGGCCUUCAAGCUGGCGCAACAGGCGCACCAGAACCAGGCGAAGCUAGUGGUGGCGCUGAGCCGCACCUAUCGCACGAUGGAGGAUAAAACCAUUUUUCACGAGGAAUUCCUUCAUUACCUCAAGUAUGCUAUGGUGGUCUACAGGCGUGAACCAGUUGUGGAGAGGGUAAUAGAGUUUGCGGCAAAGUUCGUAACAUCAUUUCACCAGUCAGAUGAGGAGGAGGAUGACGAGGAAGGCGGUGGCAUUUUGGAUUAUUUGUUUUCUUUUCUAUUAAAGUCUCAUGAAGCAAACAGCAGCGCGGUGAGAUUUAGAGUGUGUCAGCUCAUAAACAAGCUCUUGGGAAAUAUGCCAGAAAAUGCCCAGAUCGAUGAUGAUUUGUUUGAUAAAAUUAAGGAAGCCAUGCUUAUAAGAUUGAAAGAUAAAAUUCCAAAUGUGAGGCUACAGGCUGUUCUGGCUCUUUCACGACUGCAGGACCCCAAAGAUGACGAGUGCUCAGUGUCUAAUGCGUAUGCCACUAUGAUUGAAAAUGAUUCAAACCCAGAAGUCAGGCGGGCAGUGUUAUCAUGUAUUGUGCCAUCAGCAAAGACUUUGUCCAAAAUCGUAGGGCGCACCAGGGAUGUCAAAGUGGCCGUUAGAAAGCAGGCUUAUCAGGUUUUAGCUGAAAAGGUUCAUAUGAGAACUAUGUCCAUUGCUCAGAGAGUAAUGCUCCUUGAACAAGGUCUGAAUGACAGAUCAGAAGCUGUGAAGCAAGCAACGCAGAAGCACCUUCUCCGAGGCUGGCUCCGUUUUACUGACGGAAACAUAUUAGAGUUGCUGCACCGGUUGGAUGUGGAAAACUCUUCCGAAGUGGCAGUCUCUGUGCUCAAUGCCUUCUUUUCAGUGACUCCCCUUAAUGAACUGGCAGAAAUCUGUAAAAAUAACAACGACAGGAAAUUGAUUCCAAUGGAAACACUGACUCCUGAGAUUGCUUUGUAUUGGCAUGCCCUUUGUGAAUACCUGAAGUCAAAAGGAGAUGAAGGCGAAGAAUUUUUAGAGCAGAUUUUGCCAGAGCCUGUGGUGUACGCUGAGUAUUUACGGAGUUAUAUUCAGAGUAUUCCAGUUGUUAAUGAUGAACAGAGAAAUGAUUUUGCCUUUUUUGGACAUUUGAUGACAAAAGAGUUCAUAGGUCAGCAAUUGAUUCUAAUUAUCAAGUGUCUGGAUACCAAUGAGGAAGGAGGAAGGAAGCGACUGCUGGCUGUUUUACAGGAGAUUCUCACUCUGCCCACAACCCCGGUGGGCCUGGUUUCCUUCCUCGUGGAGAGACUGCUCCAGGUCGUUGUGGAUGAUAACAAGAGAACACAGAUUGUUUCAGAAAUUAUUUCAGAGCUUCGGGCCCCCAUUGUUACUGAGGCUGUUAAAAAUGAUCCAGCUGAUGCGAGAAAGAAAGAACUCAAGAUGGCUGAAAUAAAAGUUAAACUUAUUGAGGCAAAAGAAGCGUUGGAAAAUUGCAUUGCCUUACAGGAUUUUAAUCAAGCAUCAGAAUUAAAAGAAGAAAUAAAAGCAUUAGAAGAUGCCAGAGUAAACCUAUUGAAAGAGACAGAGCGGCUUGAAAUUAAAGAAGUCCAUGGAGAAAAGGAUGAUGCCGAGACACUACAGAAGUGUCUUAUCCUGUGUUACGAACUGUUGAAGCACAUUUCCGCCUCAACCGGGCUAAGUGCCACCGUGAACGGCAUCGUCGAAUCUUUGAUUCUUCCUGGAAUAGUAAGUGUUCAUCCUGUAGUAAGAAAUCUGGCUAUUUUAUGCUUGGGUUGCUGUGGACUGCAGAGUCGGAAUUUUGCAAGUAAACACUUCGUAUUACUGUUGCAGGUUUUGCAGAUUGACGACGUGACACUCAAAAUCAGUGCUUUAAAGGCGAUCUUCGACCAGCUGAUGACAUUUGGGAUUGAACCGUUUACAACUAAAAAAAUCAAAGCCACGGAAAGCGAAGGUGCAGAAAUAAACACUGGUGAUGAGCAAGAGUCGAAAGCUGAAGAAGUGACUGCUACCGCCAAGAGUGUUCUGAAGCUCCUCUCCGAUUUCCUGGACAGCGAGGUGUCUGAACUCAGGACUGGAGCUGCAGAAGGACUGGCCAAGCUGCUGUUCUCCGGGCUCCUGGUCAGCAGCAGGAUCCUGUGCCGGCUCCUCUUGUUGUGGUACAACCCCGUGACCGAAGAGGACGUGCGGCUUCGGCACUGCCUGGGGGUGUUCUUCCCCGUGUUCGCUUAUGCCAGCAGGACUAAUCAAGAGUGUUUUGAAGAAGCCUUUUUCCCAACCCUGCAAACACUGGCCAAAGCCCCUGCGUCUUCUCCUUUAGCUGAAAUAGAUAUCACCAAUGUUGCUGAGUUACUUGUGGAUUUGACGAGACCAAGUGGAUUAAAUCCUCAGGCCAAGAAUUCCCAAGAUUAUCAGGCCUUAACAGUUCAUGACAACUUGGCUAUAAAAAUCUGCAAUGAGAUCUUAACAUGUCCAUGUUCUCCAGAAAUUCGCAUCUAUACCAAAGCCCUGAGCUCUUUAGAACUCAGUAGCAGUCUUGCUAAAGAUCUUUUGGUCCUGUUGAAUGAGAUUCUGGAGCAAGUAAAAGAUAGGGUAUGUCUGAGAGCCUUGGAGAAAAUCAAGAUUCAGUUAGAAAAAGGACAGACAGACGCCGGUGACCAAGCUGUGACAGCGCCGGACGCCAGCGCCACGGGGACUGCCUGUGAGAAUGGAGAUGGAAAGAAUAAAGACGUAUAUAUAACCCCUCUCAAGGCUGUAAAAGCAACCCGUGCAUCAAAAUCCACUCAGCGAAAGACCGACAGAGGACGAAGGAAAGUGACAGCUUCCGCCAGGAGUACCAGGAGACGACGGACUUCUGAGGCUGACUCUGAGAGUGAUCAUGAAGUUCCACAGCCAGAAUCAGAAAUGAGGAUGAGAUUACCAAGACGAGCCAAAACAGCAGCACUAACAAAAAGUAAACUUAACCUUGAGCAAUUCCUCAAUGAAGUAAAUUAGGAGAAGAGACGAUGGAAGUGGGAUCCUUUUACAAAUGUACUUUAUUUUCAGUUCUUUGCUUUAAUAAACUUACCCUUGUG